AUGCAAACAGCAGAAAGGGAGAAGGAAGCGGGUGAGGAGGAGGAGACGGGAGGUCGGCCGGGCUGGCACAGCAUUCGAGCGUUCGCGAGGUUCCAGGAUGACGUCCCAAGAGAUUUCAGCCGGAAAACUGGCUACCUUCUCUGUUCAGGUCGCAACAUUGACAUCAAGGACAUUUCUCGUAGAAUAUGCGGGAGGUGGAAGAAAAGACGUUGCAAUAAUGGAGACAGAGGCGCGAGAGACGGAGAGAAAGCCAGGUCCUGGUGUGCCCGCUGGGUGCACAUACACGAUCCUCACAGCGACCCCCGACAAGGUCCCGGCCAGCACCUUGCCCCUGCUUCUCAGCCCUGGCCUGAAGGGUUCCCUCCAACCCCAUCAGGACCUCCUGGGCUUGGGCCCGGGCAGGGUGAUUUUAAAACGUCCCCACGUGAUGCUGGUAUGCGGUCAAAGCCUCAGCCCCCGGGGCAGUGGAAAGACACCCCGCUGCGCCCCCAUCCCCAAGGACCCCGUCCCCAGCCGACCUCAGGCUCUCAGGCUCCAGCUGCUCUUUUCUUCUUCGCGGGCGUUGCACUCACCUGACCCGUGGUCACCCUUCUUCUCUGUGACCUCGACUCCUGUCACUGAAGAAGAACCUGCACGCUCCUUGUCCACAUGCACCUGCUGUUCAGUGUCCCUAGAUGCCCCCCCCUCCCCAGACCCCUUGUAGAACUCACACCUCCCUCCACGGCCCUGGCCCAGAGUGUCCCCCACUCAGAGACUCACUACCCACCCCCCUCCAUGAUGCCAUGAAGCAAAUCUCAAACUCCUGACCAUGGCAUCCACAUGUUUGGGUAGAUCAUUGAUAUUUAACCAGACAAAUACAAAAUGUAACUAAAAUGAGAGCCAGCAAGCUUUUUUUUUUUUUAACUUGGCACUCUUUGUUUAUGGUGGACCGUCCCCAUGGAAACUGGGGAUAAAAAUAGCUGGCCUGUGUGUGUACCUGGUAAGGUUGUGAUGAGCACACGGGACACUACGAAUGUCCUUAUCCAGGAAGCUGUUGAAUCGCUGAGCUGGGCACUCCCUCCAAGGCCCAAGCCUCAUCGACGGGCUUCGAAACGGAGGUGUCGGUGUUUGGGAGACUCCCCAGCUCCCAUCCUGCUCCCAUCCUUCCAGAUAGCCUCUCUGCUGGCAUCUAGGCAGCCAGGCUGGAAGCCUGUGCUCACUUCUCGUCCGACCCGAGCUCGCCCCACAUGGGGCCACGGCCGCUUGGAAAACUCUCUUUUCUUGGGGCCCCCUGUUCUAUGAAACGGGUUGAUUGUGUCUCCUCCCGUGGCUCCUGCUUCUGUCAGCUUGUGGAAGGGGUCUCGGGUGCCCAGGAGUGGCCUUUGCACACAGUGCCCCUCCCCCACAACGCCUGUGAUUUAUCCCUUGACUGUGAGCUCCUGGAGGGCAGAGGCCACGUUUUA